CACACAUAAACACAUAAACACACACACACAGUCCUCUUUGCAUUCACUGACCAGUUUCCUUUUUUGGACUCGACGACAGAGACCAUGUUUUCACACAUGAUUUGUGUGGACAUGUUGUGUAGUUGGUGUUUGUGAAGCAGCAGCAGGUUGUCGGUCCGACUCGUUCAGACAGGAACAUGUGAGAACAUCAGGCGAGGGGCGGAGCCUGUAGAGCAGCAGGAGGCGGGACAUGACGUAUAAACUGCUGUGGAAAGAUCAGUGUUGUUGUUUACAGCUCGUCCACACCGGAGUCGGCCCUCAUCACCAGAAGAUCUGGAAUCUCCUCGUGUUUCCAAGUGGACGUCUUCAUCUUCUACGUGUCCGGCUCCUCUUCUUCAUCCUGAGAUGUUUGUGUUCUUCAUGUUUCACGUCACGUGUUAGAAACCUCAUCAACACGUCCACUCGCUCACUGGGAAGCUUCCACACAUUGUCCUGCUGGUUCCUCACAUGGACUCUGACAUGUUACACACAUGUUACCAGGAGGCUGCAGGAGAAGAUCCAGAACAUGUCCAGAGACACUGACUCAGGAUUUGUUCUCACAUCCAGAACCUCCAGAACAUGUCAGGAACUUGUGAGGUACAUGUCAGGAACAUGUCAGGAACAAAUGAGGAACAUAUGAGGAACAUGUAUGGAACACGGGAGGAACAUGUCAGGAACAAAAGAGGAACAUAUGAGGAACAUGUAUGGAACACGGGAGGAACAUGUCAGGAACAUGUGAGGUACCCGGCAGGAAGAUGUAAGGAAGAGGAACUUUUUCUCUUUAAUUCAGGAGGAGCAAGGAGGUGAAGUGGGCGGGGUCUCUGUGGCAGGAAGGUGAAAAUGUCCUUUUAAGGAAAAAACCUGAAUGAUUCUGAAAAACUAAGAGAAUCUCAUUCCAGAUAUUCCUCCCUUGAAAACUACAUUACCCAUGAUCCUCACUGAUGGUUGGUUACCUGAUGGACCAAGCAGGGCACUUCCUGUUUGUCCUCUGGUUGUUCCUCAGUGAGCGAGCGGAAUGCAGUGAAUGAUGAGAGAAAGUUCGGCUGGGCUUCGAGCUGUCUGAUUGGUCGAUUCCUUUAGGUCCUGCCCUAUAAGGAAUCAAGCAGAGGAAAGAGAGAGAGGGAGGAGGCCCGGUCCAUGUUUGGGAUGGAGGGAUGAAAGGAGGGAUGGAAGGAGGAGGUGGAGGGUUGAUAAACCCAGUCCCAGUCGUUCAGACUCUCACUUCUGUCCUGCCCCCUCCCCACGUCCAAGCAGCCCUGCACUGCCACGUGUGAGCCGGUGUCGUAGUGUCGUUGCUCGUCCACAGCGCCCCCUGCAGUCAUGUGUGAUGAUGAGGAGAGCACCGCUCUGGUCUGUGAUAAUGGAUCCGGCCUCUGUAAGGCGGGGUUCGCUGGAGACGACGCCCCCAGGGCCGUCUUCCCCUCCAUCGUGGGCCGGCCCAGGCACCAGGGCGUGAUGGUGGGAAUGGGGCAGAAGGACAGUUACGUUGGAGACGAGGCUCAGAGUAAGAGAGGAAUCCUCACCCUGAAAUAUCCCAUCGAACAUGGAAUCAUCACCAACUGGGACGACAUGGAGAAGAUCUGGCAUCACGCGUUCUACAACGAGCUGCGAGUGGCUCCAGAGGAACAUCCCACUCUGCUGACGGAGGCGCCGCUCAACCCGAAGGCCAACAGGGAGAAAAUGACCCAGAUCAUGUUUGAGACCUUCAACGUUCCUGCCAUGUACGUGGCCAUCCAGGCCGUCCUGUCACUGUACGCCUCCGGAAGAACCACAGGUAUCGUCCUGGACUCAGGCGACGGCGUCACCCACAACGUGCCGAUCUACGAGGGCUACGCUCUGCCUCACGCCAUCAUGAGGCUGGACCUGGCGGGACGGGACCUGACCGACUACCUCAUGAAGAUCCUGACGGAGCGAGGCUACAGCUUCGUCACCACCGCGGAGAGAGAGAUCGUGCGAGACAUCAAAGAGAAGCUGUGCUACGUGGCUCUGGACUUUGAGAACGAGAUGGGGACGGCGGCGACCUCGUCCUCUCUGGAGAAGAGCUACGAGCUUCCUGACGGCCAGGUCAUCACCAUCGGCAAUGAGAGGUUCCGCUGCCCCGAGACGCUCUUUCAGCCGUCCUUCAUAGGUAUGGAGUCAGCUGGGAUCCACGAGACGACGUACAACAGCAUCAUGAAGUGUGACAUCGACAUCCGUAAAGAUUUGUACGCCAACAACGUGCUGUCCGGAGGAACCACCAUGUACCCGGGGAUCGCCGACCGCAUGCAGAAGGAGAUCACCGCGCUGGCGCCCAGCACCAUGAAGAUCAAGAUCAUCGCCCCCCCGGAGAGGAAGUACUCGGUGUGGAUCGGCGGCUCCAUCCUGGCGUCGCUCUCCACCUUCCAGCAGAUGUGGAUCAGUAAGCAGGAGUAUGACGAGGCCGGACCCUCCAUCGUCCACCGCAAGUGCUUCUAGACCCCCCCCCCCCCCCGCCAGAGCAGCACCGUCUUUAUUCUCACUGAGCACAGAGCCCCCCACCCACCCCCAACACAGGCAACAACAACAACGUCAGGCUGUUGUUGUUGUUGUUGACUUCACUUCCUCCUUAAACGUUUCCAGUACAGCUGGAAAAAGGGAAAUGAUGUCACUGUCUGAGUCCAGAUGUUUUUAAUUCCAGAUGUUUCUGUUGAACUUUUAAGAUUAAAAUCUUAAGCCUCUGUUCAGCUGCAAACUGUGAACGUGCCACUUGUCCUACAUCUGUAACCCCUCCCCUCACCCCCUCACCCCCGCUCUCUACUUGUUGUUAGUGUUUCUUUUUUUUUGUUGUUGUUUUUUUUAAGAAUAAAGCUUGAAUGUCGCCCCCUGGUGUUAUCUUCCCUUGUUGUGGAGCCAAACACACUCGUACAGUGUUAUGAUGAUGUCAAAGUGGGAGGCGGGGCCUCGUGGCGCCUGUCUGCAUUAGAACAGAAUUAGAAACAGACGCUACGUCAACAUGGAACAGACAGAAGAGACAAUAAAGAGUUGUCCUACGAGA